AAACAACCAUCCAAACAGAGUAAGAUUCUUGAAACUUUACCUUGAGAUACUUAUACUCACAAAUACUAUUCAGGUAUCUUGUUCACCAUUUUUAGCCCCAUUAUUAGUUUAUUACCAGUGUAGCCUCGUUCUUCGAACAGCGCACCGCCGAAAAAUCUUCACCGACGGAAACUCCAGUAACUUUCCCGACGAUCAUAACAGAUGUAGCUCAUUUUUGCAUCCCUCGAAAAAUUUGAGUUUGCUCAGAUCCAAAACAACUAUCGAAUGAGUUUUCUCUUAUUUCGUUGGAAAUAGCUCAACAAAGUCGAUUAUAAAGUGUGGGUUCGAUUGAAACUCAUUCGAUUAUAAGCUUGUUACAUAAAAUUAGAAAAGACUUGAGGUUUAUAUAGGAAUUGAGAAAAGACUCAAAUAUGUCACCGAACUAUCAGAAAAGGCUCAUUCAUUCCACUCAUUAAUAGUCUAGCUCAAAAAUGCCACCGUCGUUACCAUUUUGGGAUAUGUAUGUCAUUAUUCACUAACAGAACUCUACUACUACCAUAUUUUUCCACGUGACAUUAUAUAAACCCUUCAUUUCACGAGUGGCAUAUAUGAGCCGUUUCGUAGUUCAGGGGCAUAUUUGAGCCUUUUCCCAAUUACUAUAUAAACCUCAAUAUUUUCUAAUUUUAUGUAACAAGCUUAUAAUCGAAUGAGUUUCAAUCGAACCCAAACUUUAUAAUCGACUUUGUUGAGCUAUUUCCAACGAAAUAAGAGAAAACUCAUUUGAUAUUUGUUUUGGCGGAAACUCUAUUUCAUCCUUGGAAGAUGCAAACAUGUUCCGAGACUGGGAAGAUGACUCUACUUACCUGAUAGAAGUUGGCGCCUUUUCGAUCAACAGAGCCAUCACAAUCAGAUAUACAUCCUCAGCAACUCACAUUGCACCAAAAGAAGUUUACCAAAUGGCCAGGUCAGUGGGUGCACACCAAGAUGGUGGGAUUUUCUUGGCCUUUUUAGAAAAGCACCACCGAAGCCAUGUAAUCUUUUUAAUCCAGAUAGCCAGACAUUACUGUAGCCCAAUGUGAGAAUAUUUUAUUUUGCCGAACUCAAGGCCCCCGUCAGAAAAUUUAGGAAAGAUAUGGUGCUGGGAGAAGGUGGUUUUGGGAAAGUUUACAAGGGUUGGCUUGAUGAGUGGGCUUCUUCCAAGAAUGGUUGCACUGCAAUUGCUGUUAAGAAAUUGAAUUAUCAAAGCUUAGAAGGAUUUGAAGAUUGGCAGUCAGAGGUGAGCUUUUUUGGAAGACUUUCUCAUCCUAACCUGGUCAAACUCUUGGGAUACUACCAGGAAGAUAAACAACUACUGCUUGUCUAUGAGUUUAUGCAAAAGGGCAGCUUGGAGAACCAUCUUUUUGGAUUCUUACAAUGCGAAGAUAUCAGAUUGGGCUUGGCAAAACUAGGUCCUUCGGCUAGUCAAUCACAUGUGUCAACAUGGGUCAAGGGAAAAAUUGCUUAUGUUGCUCCUGAGUAUCUUGCAACUGGACACUUGUACGUGAAAAGCGAUGUCUAUGGUUUUGGUGUUGUUUUAGUGGAAAUGCUAACAGGUCUACGAGCAAUAGACAUAAACCGCCAAAGAAACCAGUAUUAUCUGAUUGAAUGGAUUAAGCCGCAUUUAUCUGAUAGAAGGAAGUUGAAGGACAAGAUAGAUUCGCGGCUGGAAGGAAAACAUCGAUCCAGAGCUGCAGUAUAAAUAGCACAAGUGGCACUGUCAUGUCUUGGACCUGAACAUAAAACCAGACCAUCGAUGAAGGAAGUAGUGGACAAACUAGAACAUAUUGAGGCUGCUAAUGAAAGACCCAAGGAGCCUAGAAUAAGUUCCAAACAUCAGACUGCUUAUAGAUAUGGUCAGAAACCUUUGCACCAUCCUUCUCUACUUAAUCCAAGGCCCAAUGUAAACCGAGCCUAUCCACUCCCUAGAAGAGCAGAAUGAAUAUACGAUAGCUUAGUUGUCCAAAUACAAACAAUUGUAUGUCUAGUUGGUCCUGUAGUCUGAGCGUGUGAGGUGAAGUGGUAAGGCUCUGUAUGGUGUUGGGUUGUGGUUGUUUUAGUAAAAUACGUAAACAGUUCAUUGUUUUGUACAUUGAAGGAGAUUCAUUGAGUCUGUAACUACUGUAAGAUAUGAAGAGCUCCGGCAUUAAUAGAGAAAUUAUAGAAGGAAGGAAGAAAAGAGGGAGAGGGAGAGGGAGAGGGAGAGGGAGAGAGAAUAAAUGAGAAAUGUUCAUUCAACAUAUCCAAUAGCUAGGAUUUACAGAUGUUUAUAUAAGCUAACAUUCUAGAACCUUGAAAGGACUUACCAGAAAAGUAGUCUAAAGUCUAAACUAGGGACUAAGCUGUAAAAAUAACUACUCCUUCUCAACAGAAUUCUGCUAUUCCUUUUGCUUGCUUCCAAAUAUCAUUCCAUGACACUUAUGAGUAUAUAACAAGUUCACUUUAUAUCAAAUGGCGGCUCCAGCUUCCUCUUCUUUUAAAGUCUUUGGGGCCACAAAAGUCUUCUCUAACUAUUGAAGACUUGUGUUGCGCUCUGUAAGGUUUUGUUUGAUCAAUGAAAUAAAAAUUAUUUGGUCGUUUGAGUUUGAGUUAAUUCUUUUCAAACCUUACACCGAAAACUUUUCCUUUGGAAAGAUAAAACUAGAUUUCGUUGUGGUUGAUUUGUACUAAUAGGAUUUGUACACUAGCAGUCAGACUCGAAAUCGUUUUAUCUUUAUAUUUAAAUAAGUGCAUCACUACUGGAACUUUAAAGCUCCGCAGGCCUUGAUUCAUCUGCUUGAAUUUCAAACAGAGUAGUAUAAAUUUGGGAUGCUGACGAUGCUUUCCUUUCUUCACUGUCCAUUAAGGUUCUUGCUUCACUUUAGUGGUUUCUUUUGAAUUCAAUGCUAGAAUUAUCAUCUCCCUCCCCAAACCCCCCUCAUCUUUCGCACGCACAGGGGAAAAAUAAAAAAAAAUUAUGUUUGAUAUCCUUCCUUUGUUGAAGUCAUUGAUUGAUUGUUCAAGCAGAAGCAUGGAAAUAGUUUUCUUCCAGUGCCUUGUGUAGUAAUUGAAUGUGUUGCUUGAGAUACUGAAAACCUGUUUCAUUGGAUGCAGGGAUCUAAAGCCUGGGUUAUCUGAGAACUUUCAUGGGAUAUUUCGCAUAUGGAGAUUAACAAUGAGUACUUUCUUGAAGUAGUAAUAAGAAUAUGAUUUUCAGCAACGUAAAUCAUUGUUCAUUUUUACAUGUAGAAGUGAGGAAAAAUUGUUGCACAAGGUUCCUGAUUUAGGUUUUUCAUUUUGAGCUUAAUGCCAAAGAUGUUAUUUGCAGCUGCUCCUGAUAAAUUUUUCUUCUACUAAGCCGAUAUGUUAUUUAAUGCUCUUUAGAUAAAAUAACUUGCUGAUGAAUGUCUUUAUUUGAAUUUUUUUUAAUUAAUUCAUGAGAACGGGAAAAGGGACAAUGUGAAUCAAACCCACUUCUAUUUUAUGAAAGACUCUUCACUGUUAUUACACGAUUAUUAAGUAAAGAGCCUAAAUUUUAAGGAGUGCUAGUGCAGCACUAUGGAGCUCAAGCUCAGCUUCGAUUAAUUACCAUGUUUCAUAGAAGUUAUCCAUCCUUGAAGACAGAGGUGCUAUGAAAGGAGGGUGCUAUGAGUACCAUCUUAGUAAAACUUGAAUUGAAGUUCUGUGAGUUUCUUGUAGAAACUUUUAAAGGCAACUAGAAGGGUCUUGAAGCACCUAAAUUGGACAGAUGCACAGUGAUGAAGAUAAACUGAGACAAAUUAUAUAUAUUCUGACUAAUUUGUGUGCAAGUCUAUACCAGAUGCAUUUGGAAGCCAUUUUGACAGAUAAGUUUCUUGCAGGGGCAGAGCUACAGUUGGUGAAGGAUGGUCAGUUGAACACCUUUUACUAACUGAUCACAAUUCACUGAAGGAUUAUACUAUACAAGUCAAAUACUUGUAUACAUAUAAGUUGAACCAUGAACAUCCUUGUAUUCUUUAGCGAAGUUUCUGAUCCCGCAACUGAAUUAUCUUGAAGGAAUGCCAAGAGCAAGGUAUUGUGGUGGAAUCAAUUUGUGGACGAGAUUGAGACACUUAGUUCGCAGCAUGUAUUGUCUACUUCCAGAUUUGAACUAGAAAUUUGGGGGUUUUGGAUGUUCAACCGUAUUCAUGUGCUUUGUUGUCUUGUCACCCUCAAAGAACAGAGGUUGCAACUGAAACGAAUACAAUAUUUGAGUCCUUCCUUUGUUGAUUCCAGAUAUAUUGCUGUUGUGGAGACAAAGUUUCCAAAUGAUCCGGGCGGAAUUGGAAUCCCCUCUUCUCCUUAUCACCCUUGUGAUCUCUAGGAUUAGAUGAUUCUUCGACAGAGUAUUGAUUAGCAUGUGAAAGACGCGAAUGAAUUUUGCUCCUUCCGUUACAAUUUGUUCGGUAUAGUUUGACUUA